AUGGUGGCGGACAAGUUCCUUUGUGAAGUGGUAAGGCUACACGGUAUCCCUCGCUUUAUUGUGUCUGAUCGUGACAUGAUUUUUCUGAGUAAAUUCUGGAGGGAGUUGUUUAAACAUCAAGGCUCUACCUUGGCUCGGAGCACGGCCUAUCAUCCUCAAACGGAUGGGCAAACCAAAGUAGUUAAUCGGUACCUUGAAACCUACUUGCGGUGUUUCUCAUCAGAUAUGCCUCGUCAAUGGUCAAAGUGGCUACCAUGGGUUGAGUAUUGGUACAAUACCUCCUUCCACACCGCCACACAAAUGACCCCUUUUUGCGCUCUCUACGGCCGUGACCCCCCUCCACUGUUGCGUUAUGGACUCGGUCUUUCCCCUGUGGCCAUUGUAGACCUGCAGCUAGCAGAUCGCGAUGCCACUCUGGACCUUCUGAAGCAGCAACUACAGCGGGCUCAGCAGAAGAUGAAGACGCGGGCGGGUGGCUCUCGCUGCGUGUUUCCUUUGAGUGCUCACCAGAGUAGGCUGAGUCGCCUACCGUUUGACUCAGCUGCGACGUGCUUUGGGCUCUACUAUCUCGGAUGCUGCUCUGUCGCCACAGCUUACUCCAGAUAUGGAACUUCAGAGAGUAGUUGCGCUAAGGGGAGUCAGCCAAGCUUCUCGUGGUUCUACUUCGAAGUAGAGUUCCUCAUACAUUGGUAUACGCUGCCAGACCAUGAGGAUAGUUGGGAAAAUUUCGACUGCAUCCAAGCAGCAUUUCCAGAUUUUCACCUUGCGGACAAGGUGCAUCUUUGGGCCGGGGGUAUUGAUGGGUUUCCUAGACCUCCAUUACGUUUCACCUAUGCUAGGAGGAGGCCUAAAGGGGGUCGAGUUAAUGUGGCAGCAAGGGAGGCUGGUGAGGUGGAACCUGUUAGAGGAAAAAAGGGUGCUGAUAUGGAAGUAGCGCACGGAGCUGGUGUGCUAGCUCCUGAAGGAAGUGUGUGA